AUGGACGCCGGAUUAUGGAGCAAGCUACCACAGGAACUCCUUGAGCGUAUUCUCUCUUUUCUACCUCUCAAAAACUUCAUGAAUCUGAGAUCGACUUGUAAGCACUUCAAGUCUUUGUUAUUCUCUCCCUCUUUCAUCUCCAAGCACUCCUCUUCUUCAUCCUUCUCUUCUUUCCUCUUGCUUUCUCACCCUCAGUGUUACAACCACUUCGCUUUCUAUGACUCUGCUCUUGGUGCUUGGCGCAACUUUGCUCUGUCUCUCUCUGCCUUGCUGCCCUGCGCUGCAGGGCAAGCCUCUCUGCUCUCUACCUCCAAUGGGUUGCUCUGUUUCUCUCUCUCCAAUUCCUUUCUUGUCUUCAAUCUUUUGACCAAGUCUUCAAGAGUGAUCGGAUUCCCUGCUUACCCUUUUGCUUUUGAGCUGUUUUCUUUGGUUUCCACGCCUGUUGGGUACAGUCUUUUCAUGGUCUCUUCUGGGUCUCGUACCAAAAACACUUUUGUUUAUGAUUCAAAGGUUCAAUUUUGGCGAAAAUUCAAUGGUUUCAAGCCAAUUCUCAGUGAAAAUUAUCAUCAACAAGCUGUUUACUAUAAAGGGUCAUUGUAUUUUGUGACCCCGGAGCCAUUCUCUGUAGCGUGCUUUGUUUUGGAAAGCGGUAAGUGGGAGAGACCCAACACUGAGUUGCCUAGAGAGCUCAUGUUUGUUCGGCUAGUCAGUGAUGGAGGAGAUGGAAAGCUGUAUUUGAUUGGUGGAGUUGGCAGGAAUGGGAUUUCAAGGAGAAUGAAACUCUGGGAAUUGGGUGAAGGAAUGAAUUGGGUUGAGGUGGAGAGCUUGCCAGAAAUGAUGUGCAGAAAAUUGAUGUCUGUUUGUUUCCAUAACUACGAGCAUCUCUAUUGCUUUUGGCAUCGGGGUUUCAUCUGUGUUUGCUGCUACACAUGGCCGGAGGUUCUGUAUUUCAAGGUUUCAAGGAGGACUUGGCAUUGGCUGCCCAAAUGCCCUUCACUGCCUGAUAAAUGGAGCUGUGGCUUCAGGUGGUUUUCCUUUGUGCCAGAGUUAUAUGCUUCGGUCUGA